CUGAAAUAGGCUAAAUUAAUCAAAGGGAUUCUUUCAGUAUAAAAAUAAAAUCAAAGCGAUGACGAAAGCAAUAGUGUAUUAAGUAUAGUUAUUUGAAGCUAAUGAAAUGAAACAAAUUAUUUAAUUGUAAUAAUUCGCUUAAAGCGACCACGGAAGCACUGAUUCAAGCGAGACAGCUAACCAAACGGCCAAUGGUACAAGAAAAGCAUUAAACACAGGUCAUAAUUAUUUUUCUCAUCCUCCUUUCUUAGCCGUUGAGAGGAAGGUUUGGUAAGCAGAGACUGAAAAAACCUGCAGGAUGGCAGCAGUGGGGACUUGGUCCUUCUCACAGCCCGCAGUAGAGAAAAUGCGGUGUAUGAUUCUAGCUGGACAGAAUGCCACUGAUGUUGUAGAGAGGGCAAUAGCAGAUGUUGAGAAUGAUGUGGAGACAGGCCGUCAUGUAGUUGGAAGAGGAGGCUUCCCCAAUAGCAGGGGAAUAUUGGAGUGUGAUGCAGCAAUAAUGGAAGGUGUGCCAGGGCGAUUUGGUGCAGUAGCAGCAUUACGAGGGGUUGGGCAGCCAUGUCGGGUAGCACGCAGGGUAAUGGACAGAAGCCCUCACAGCUUUCUAGUUGGUGAAGGAGCUGAAGCCUUUGCACGAGAAGAGGGCUUUACCAUUGAACCCAAUGACACCAUGCUCUCUAGCCAUACAUUUGCUGCCUAUCAGGACUUCCUUGAAAAGAGGAAGCAAGCUGAUGGCCAUGAUACUAUAGGCCUCAUUGCUCUUGAUCUUACAGGAAAUAUCACAGUUGGAGUUUCAACAUCAGGAGCUCCCUUCAAGGCUCCAGGGAGAGUGGGAGACUCUCCACUUCCUGGCUGUGGCCUGUAUGCUGACCACACGGUUGGUGCCGCUGCAGCUACAGGUGAUGGGGACAAAAUCAUGUGCUACUGCCCUAGCUUUCAUAUUGUACAGCUGAUGAGACAGGGUUCAUCUCCUAAAGAAGCCUGUUGUUCUGUCCUCGCUGAUAUAAGAAGGAGAACAGGAGAAGGUGAAUGCUUUGAGAUUGGUCUUGUCGCCUUGAGCAUGAAGGGAGAGGUGGGUGCAGCUUCCUCAGUGGAAUUCCCUUAUGCCUUUUGGAACCAAGGGAUGGAUUCAGUAGAGAAGAGUGUAAUUUCUUAUUAAGUGUUUUCUGACUUUGCCCCUGCAAGAUUGCUUUCUCAGUGUAAGAAUAAACUUUCAAGUAUUCACUCUCAAGAGCAAAAAACAGGUUGUAUCACAAUGUGUUGUCGAUCAGGAUGAACUGUAUAUUAUUAUAUACAACGUGCAUAUGUGGAUUGUAUGGCGAACUGUUUUCACAGACAGUGAUAUCUGGAAGUGCUCCUAAGCCCAUGCAGUGAUUUUCACUACAGAAUCAUGUCUGUUUUUAAUGCAGUGCUGCCUGAGGGCCCAAAUAUCACAGCCAGCCAAUAUUAGUUUUAGGCUUUGUCCCUUGCAUACAGAGAUUUCCCCAGAUUCUGUGAAUCUUUUAAUGGUAUUAUGUGCCGUACAUGAUGAAAAACAAAAGUUCUUUUCUAUUUUAUGUUGAGAAACAUUAUUCUUUAAUUCUUGCGCAAUUUUAUUGUGCAGUCUUUCACAGUGGUGAACCCCUUCCUAUCUUUACUUCUGAAAGAC